UAAUUUAACAUCUACCAUUGCGUCACGCGUUGAAACAGUCGUAACAUACCAACGGUCAAACCUGAAUUCUUCAGAUGGAAUAAAAAAUGUCCGCAAAAAAAACAUGAAAAUGGGGAAUUUUAUAUGCCCUCGGGGUGCCCAACACAUUAUCGCUUUCCUCGCUAUUGAUCGGGGUUUGCAAGCAAACGGCUUACUCUCAGUUACAUCCCCUCCUGCAAACCUUCGCUCGCUGGGUAGUGGUAACGAGUGGUGAGGGCAAUGAAGGGCAUCCGAAUGAAAUUGAUUCGAAGCUGUCGGAAUCUUUAACGCAUUCGAUUGAGAAACUUCCCAGUUUUGCGGUAGAUUUUGCACAGUGCGCACACACAGCAGUGCUUGCCUCGAAAAAAAUAUGGCGCACGGCCAUUCGUUCCCACGUUUCGCGGUCAUUUGCUUGCUUGCAGCAGUAACAGUGUCCGUUAGCAAGGGGCAGGAACUGUUUCCACUGUCCAUCGUACACAUUAACGAUUUUCAUGCCCGCUUCGAAGAGGUCAAUGAGGCCAGUGUCACGUGUGAUGCAACCGAUGGGGAGAAGUGUAUCGGUGGGUACGCACGAACGGUGACGGUUGUAAAGCAGCUGCUUGCCGAGCGACCCAAUCCGAUCUACCUGAAUGCGGGUGAUAAUUUCCAGGGUACGCUGUGGUACAACAUUCACCGGUGGAAUGCCACUUCCACGUUUCUUAACAUGCUUCCGGCUGAUGCGAUGACCAUCGGGAACCACGAGUUUGAUAAUGGCGUGGAAGGAGUUAUACCGUUUCUUGAGACGAUCGAAUCACCGGUGCUGUUGGUGAAUGUGGAUAACAGCAUGGAACCGGAAUUUAACCAGUUUAACAAGAGUCUCGUUCUGGAGCGAUCCGGUCGUCGGAUUGGUGUGAUCGGUGUCAUACUCAGCACUACCGACACCAUCGCUAAUACGGGUGAUUUAAUAUUCGAGGAUGAGGUGGAAACGAUCCGGGCAGAAGCGGAACAUUUGACCAGUCUCGGGUGCGACAUCAUUAUCGUCCUCUCACACUGUGGCAUUGAUGUCGAUCGUUUAAUAGCGGCAAACGUUGGUCCGCUAGUGGAUAUAAUUGUCGGAGGACAUUCACACAGCUUCUUGUAUACCGGCGAUCAUCCUACCAUUCCUAUGAAUCCCGUAUCUGAGUAUCCGACCAUCGUAAAUCAACCGAACGGACAUCGGGUGUUGAUCGUGCAAGCUUCCGCUUAUACAAAGCUUGUAGGUGAUAUCAUCCUAUACUUUGACGAUCAAGGCAUCAUUCAACGAUGGGAAGGAAAUCCUAUCUAUCUCAGUAACGAAGUUGUACCGGAUCCCAAUGUUGCUCAAGCAUUGCUCCCAUGGAAAGUAGCGGUAGAUGAAAUCGGUAACCGUAAGAUCGGUUCGACAGGAGUGGAUCUACAGAAGGCUACCUGUGGAUUUGGGGAGUGUAACUUGGGCAGUUUAAUAGCGGACUCUAUGGUAGCUGCUUUUGUGCCGCGUGCCGAACCAGGCCAAUGGACUUAUGCAGCAGUGGCCGUACUGGCGGUAGGUGGCAUUCGAGUUGGUUUGUUUCGCGGAGAUCUUGCCUUCAAAAAUCUGAUCGAAGUGAUGCCGUUUGAAAAUGCGCUCGUGUGCUUCGACAUGCGCGGCGAUCAUCUGAUCGACCUGAUGGAGUACAGUGUGGAGAAGUCCUGGGAUGAGGAUCGCUUCAAUGGGGCUAAUAUGCUGCAAGUGUCCGGUUUGCGCGUACUGUUCAACGUUACCAAUCCGAUCGGGGAGCGUGUAUUGGCGCUGGAUGUACUGUGCCAUGAUUGUGACGUGCCCAAGUACGAACCGGUGGAACCGUUCCGGAAGUAUCGUGUUAUAACGAACUCCUUCCUGGCUGGCGGUGGCGAUGGAUUUACGAUGUUCGAGCGAUACGGUCAGCGAAAGGUGACUGGACCGGUCGAUAUCGAUGCGUUCGAGGGCUACGUUAGGGAUCAUUCCCCUGUUUUUCAGGGUUUGGAUGGAAGAAUUACGGUUUUAACGUAACUGCGGUUAGUGGCUUUAGAUAGGAUAGUGACUAUUAUUAUACAAAUUAGUACUUCUUCAAUACAACAAAACAAUCGAACGAA